AUGGAAGAUGACUUCAGUCAGUCUCUCACACCCCCCGUGUCACCUUUCAUGGAGGAGGACUGCUGUGAUGCUACUGUUUCCCAGCCUCCAUGUUUCUCUUGUGUGUUUGAAGCUGGCAGAGAAGAAUCUAGAAGCCUCUCCUCUAGUAGUUACAUUGGCCGAGGAGUGCUGAAGAGAUUACUCCUCAAGCUUGACCCGGGACCGUCUGACUUCGAGACAGACACAGUAGACAUAUUCGGCUUCCCGUGGGUAACGGAAACCGCUCUCGUGGAAUCCACCAAACUCCUCUUUGGCUUGUUCAGACAAAAAGUGUUCAGACUGGAGACUCUGGUACAGUCCAGCUCACAUGACUUUGGUCAAGCAAGCAGCCUCCAUUAUGAAGCAGAAGAUCUGAGACUCCAGUGUGUCCUGUUUCUCAAUUAUGUCAAAGUUUUCAUUUACAGAUAUCUAGAAUCUUCCAGAUCUCUGGAUGAGGUAUCUGUUCACCCAUACGAGGAACUAGAGGCUCAGUUCCCAUCUGCUCUAGUGGAGGAACUCUUUGGGGUCAUGCUCCUGAUGGGCCGCCUUAAAGACCUGCCGGCUAAUGUUCAAAGCGCGUUCACUAUACAACACCAAGGCAAGCUGUUUCCGCCUUCUUGGCAUUUAUUGCAUCUUCACUUAGAUGUCCACUGGUCUGUGCUGGAGAUUCUACAUCUGCUCGGCCAGAAACUGCAGAGUCAAGUAGUGUACGCCCAACAGUUUGUGAAUCUGACGGGUGAGAACCUCACUAACGUUAGCCUGUUUGAGGAGCACCUCAACUACCUGCUCUGUGACCUCAUAGGGUUGGCCAUGAACAAGUACAACAAGGUGAGACCCACAGAAGCUCAAACCACUCAUCACUGUCUCUGUCUCUGCACCAGAGAGCUAUGGAUUCUACUCAUGCACCUGCUAGAGCAUAGGAGUAAAACCAUACACACACAGUCCUUCUGGAGUUACGUGAACACGUUGCUGCAGCGAGUUCUGAAGGAGGCGCCGACAGCGGAGCGACGCUCGGAGCUUCCGACGCACUGUAAAGACCCGCUGGGUUUCACAUGGUGGCUGAUCACCCAGCUGGCAGAACUGGGACAGUACGGCCGCAACGGGACCGUUCAGAACCAGAAACAGCUGGAGGAUAACUGGAGCUUUGUUACAGAGCUUCUGAAGUCUACUUGUGAUCCGAAGAGAGGACUCCAGGAAGAGCAGAUUCGGAUGCACGUCCAUUGCUGUCUUAGCCUUGCUCUGGUUUGGGGUUCAAACGUUACUGCUGUGACGACGCUCUGGGAAUACUACAGUAAAAACAUGAGUGGCACUUUCGCCGUUCCCUGGUUGGGUGUGUCGGCACUGGGCAGCGUGAGCAAGACUCCCCUUUCUCUGCUGGAACAAGCCAAGAACUGCUGCAGCCCAGCUCCACUUGGUUCCACCAGCCAUGCUCAGCUGUACCGUUCAGCUAACUCCUUCCACAUCUUCCUACGCGUACUGGCCUUGCAUUUGAGCCAGGAGAACGCAGACGGAGUGCCCUGGAGACAAAUCAAAGGAAGAGUGUACUCUAAGUUUCACCAGAGGAGGAUGGCGGAACUAUCUGAGAUGGGCCUCUUCCAUUUUUUGCUGCUCUUCUUGGUGUUAGCUCGCUGUGCCGAGCUGGAGGACGUAGCAUGUCGCGCGUGUGACCUGCUAGCGCUGCUGCCACGGGACUCUACACCUCCAGCCCAUCGCGCUCUGCUCUGGAGGGGCCAACUAGCCCUACUGUUGCUCUACCUGGAGCGAGGGCUGGACGCCGGACCCCUGGCCGACCAGCUGGCCUCGUCCUUCAGCCAAGUGGCCCGUGAGUUCUACCUGAAGACGACAGAGCCAUCGCGCAAGCUAGCGUUGUGGCUUCCGCUGGGUUCCUACCUAGAGGGCGUGGCUGAGGUGUUUGAGACCAGCCCAUUCCUCAGCCAGUCAGAGGAGCGGCUUCUAAAUGAGGGGUUCGGCUUGCUCCUCCCCGCCUGCCGCCAAUCAGAACUAAGCUCCGCCCUUGGCUUUCUGCAGACGGCGCUUGCUCAGCUACGACGGGUUCUUCAGCGCUGCAGGGAGCUUGGCUACUCCAAUGGCCCUUCUCCUGGCUGGGCUCCUCAACCUCUCAGUGUGGCUAAAGAGCGCCACCUGGUGGUGGCCACAGCACUCUGGACACACUUCUUCCCUUUCCUCCGGAGUCUAAGACUCUCCCAGACACCUCCACCCCAGCUGGCGGACACUGCUGCAGGAUUCACUCUGCUGGCAUUGGACAUGCCUAGCUCCGCCCCCCAGGACCUCCAGCCCCACCCCGUGCAGUCCAUCAUGCAGUGCUUCGGCUGGGAUGAGAUGCUCCACCCCCUGCUGGCGACACGCUUUCUCAACCACCUGCUCCAAAACGGUGAGCUGGUAAGCUCAGUAAGUUCAGGCCCUGGUUCUGGUUCCUCUCAGGCCCUGUGUGUCCGCGCCUGGUUCCGAUGUGUCCUUCAGCAGCACAUUCACAAGAAUGCUGAUGGCUCGGACAACAGAGCAGGCAGACUGCUGGAUGAGCAGCUGGUCGAGAUGACGAGGUUGCUCCUUAGGCUUCCUGAGGUGGAGUCUCUACUGCAGAGAGCAGGUCUACAGUCCUCUGAUGUGAAACUAGAGCCCAAAGCUGCUCUGGCCAUGUUCAUUAAGUCCGUUGGUCGGGUCUACACGGGGCUGCAAACUCUCUCUGAGCGCUCCGCUAUGGUUUCGCGGUCGCUGGAGUAUGUGGGCGACGUCCUCAAAUACGUCAAACCGUACCUCCUGAACAAGAGUCAGGAAGGCCUACAGCUGGCGUACUGGACAGUGGGUUGCUUGGUGAAACACUGGAGCCCCCUGCUGGCCACCACCAAAGCCCAGCAACUUCUGUUUCGUAUUGUAGACGUGAUGUUGCUGCCCCACACGCUCCUGCAGCAGGACAAAGCUGCCCCCGUGCAGGUCCUGUCUGCCCUGAGGGAAACUCUUCCCCUUUACCUGCAGGGUUUGUCGGUAGCGGCGGGCGUGGCACAGUCUCAGGGGGCGUACAUCAAACAGCAGCUACGUCAGGUCGUCUCUCAAUACCUGAGCCGCUUCCUUCCAGCCGCACCCUCCGCUGGAGCGGUGGCCAAUCACCCGGUGCUGCUGGCAGGCUGUGAAGCCACGCCCACUCCUCGAGGGGCGGGGUUAAGGCGGAUCAUCCUGCAGGUGAUCAGUGAUAACUUCCUACAGUUCAAAGGCCACGCCCCUCCCCCACGACUGGCGGCAGUCCUGGCGUUCCUACUGGAGCUGCUUAGGCGGAAUAACGACGCCGACCCAACCCUGCUCACCAUGCCCCUCCCCUCGCUGCUGCGCUGUCUGCUGUUGGUCAACGAACCACAGGUGAAGAGGUUAAGCACAGAAAGCCUACAGCUGGUGGUGGAGAGAUGCAGAAACACUGCGGGAGAAGGCCCAUGCGAGCAAACUACAGAUGUUCUCAGGAAAUUUGUGGAGGAGAACGAGGGUGUGUACGAGCAGCAGAUGUAUGGUGUCUUGGAGACGGUGGCGCUUCUCGACCUCUCCGCGGUCACCACACUUAUCCCUGUUCUGUCACUGAGUUUGAGAAAUACUGAACGCAAGAGAGGCCUGGGAAAAAACUCAACACUAAGGAACGCUUACAGGAGGUUGCUGGGCUUGCUGGGAGACUGCGGUCAAGCCGAGAUGGUUAGUUUGGAGGAUGAAUGA